UCCCGCUCCCCACCGCCGCCAUGUGUUACACCUCGUCCCGUCCCCACCCAUCCCCACUGCCCUGGGUUGCUUUUUCCUGGACAGGAGCUCGUCUCCCAUGUCGCAGGCACGGGUUCCUCAGAUCGGGGUGCGUCUGCCCCUUACCCCCCACCCUCCCCACACACACACUCAUUCCCUCACAGUGCUUCUGCUCCCCCGUAUACCCGCAUUCCUUCCCAGAGGGGGUACGUUUGUUCCCUCUCAUAUGCUCAUUUUGUCACAGAGAGGGUACAUUUUUGUCUCUAUCUCGUAUGCCCCGGCACCCAGGGCAUUUUUAAAGAAUAAAUACAAAAAUAAAAGGAAGUGGCCACUGUGCCCAUUUAGUGUAGGCGGUACAAGUAGUUGGAGGAUCCCUGUAACGUGGGUGCCAAGCAGACGUAAAAUAGAACAAACAGGUACUAAGGCAAAUUGUUUUCCCUCAGGGUUUGGCAGAAAGGAAAUCCCACCAGCCAGAUACAUGUGAAAAUGCUUCUGCACAAAGUGCAUGGAUGUCAACAUGUUGCUGUUGCAGCUUUUCCUGUGUCUGGCACUCAUUUCCUCCAAUAGGAACAAUAUUCCCCCCCCAAAGAGCUGAUCAACAGAUGUUUAUAUUAGUAUUGGUAUAUCCAUCAUUUGAACUUUUCUCUUACAGUUCUGUUUUCCCCUUAGUUAAGCCAUCUCUUCAGAUAACUGUAUCAUGUCAUGUCUGUGUCAUACUCAUCGUACAUAGGUAGAUGGAAUUACAUAACUGAAGAAUAGUUGAUGAACUUUAAUGUGGAUUACUGUUAUUUCUUUGUGGUGUAAUACAUCUUGAGAACAUCUCUGCUGGGAACUUGCUUUCUGUAUUAUCUUUCAGUCCUGGGAUAUAGUCUGAAAAUCCUGAAGGCAGGACCAGGACCUAUAUAUGGAAGUGGUCAGGAAGCUGGCAGACGUGAACUGGUUUCCAGAUCUUUACAGAGUGCUCAGCAUUGUCUGGAAAAUCAGGAUUUUGGAACUGCAUAUGCCCACUAUCUCCUGGUACUAAACCUAGCACCUGAGCUAAAAAAUGAUGUCAGGGAAACUUUCCAGUUUACCCUCUUCAAAUGGGCUGAAGAGCUAGCUUCUCUUGCACGGAUUCAAGAUUUAUUUAACUGCUAUGAGCAGGCCCUGGAACUGUUUCCUAAUGAUGAAAUAAUAUGUAAUAGUAUGGGGGAACAUCUUUUCAGAAUGGGCUUUAGAGAUGAAGCAGCUGGAUAUUUCCACAAAGCACUGAAGCUAAACCCUGACUUUGCUGAUGCAAAGGAGAAUUUUUACCGUGUUGCAAACUGGCUGGUAGAACGUUGGCACUUUAUCAUGCUUAAUGACACCAACAGGAAUCUGAUUUACCAGAAAGCAAUUCAGAAGGUGGUCCGCUCUGGUUGCAGAACUGUUCUAGAUAUUGGAGCAGGAACAGGAAUACUGAGUAUGUUUGCCAAGAAGGCUGGAGCACCUUGUGUCUAUGCCUGUGAGUUGUCGAAGACCAUGUAUGAAGUUGCUUGUGAUGUGGUAGCAGCAAAUAAUAUGGAAGGAGAAAUCAAACUUCUGCAUAUGAAGUCUCUUGAUAUAGAAAUUCCAAAGCACAUACCUGAAAGGGUUUCCCUGGUUGUCACAGAAACGGUAGAUGCAGGUUUGUUUGGAGAAGGGAUUGUGGAGAGUUUGAUACAUGCUUGGGAGCAUUUGCUUUUACAACCAAAGCCUAAAAAUCAAGACAUUGGCACAGAAGACUAUGGCCAAGUUAUUCCUGCAGGUGCUAUUGUAUUUGGGAUGGCAGUGGAAUGCAAAGAGAUACGCAGACAUCACAGGGUGGGAGUACAAGAAGUUGCCUGUGUGCAUUUGGCAGAAACAGUGGAGUUCUGUAGUCCAACACGUGCUUCUGUGAACUCAGAGGAAACUAUUGAACCUUACACCACAGAAAAACUCAGUAGAGUUCCUGGGGGUUAUAUGCCACUGACAGAACCCUUUCAGGCCAUGACAGUGGAUUUCAACAAUCUGGAGGAACUGAAAAGCCUGGCAACCAGGAAGCCUUGCAAGUUCAGCGUACCUGUCACUCAAGGAGGUAUACUGGAUGCUAUUGUGGUCUGGUUUGUACUACAACUUGAUGAUGAGCAUAGUCUAUCUACAAGUCCCAGUGAGGAAACUUGCUGGGAACAAGCAGUCUACCCUGUGCAGGGGCUUCCUGAUUAUUCUGUGAAACCUGGAGACACUGUGAUGAUGGAAGUAUGCUGCCAAGAUUGCUACUUGAGGAUCCAGAAGAUUUCUGUUUUAACUUCAGAGUAUGGGAUGGACAUUGAAAGGGAGAACACACUGGCUUUGGGCAAUGAGGCUGAACUAUGUAGUGCUCUGGCUAGUCUUCAAACUACUAGCACACCGGAUGGCAUGGGGCAGGAGUGCAUGCUGGAAUCCACUGAAAUUGCACUUCUGAACAAUGUGCCAUACCAUGAAUGCUUUAAUGCUGCCAUUGGCAAAGUGUUGUCAUCCUUGAUCCCAACGAGAGAAUCUCUGUCAAUGGAUAUUGAUGGUCACGAUAGAGAGAUGAACUUUGAAAAGAGUCAAAACAAGAACUCCUCGUAUACAACUCAUGACCCUUUGUAUGUAUUAGAUGUGUCCGAGGGCUUUUCGAUUCUGCCAAUAAUUGCUGGCAAACUUGGACCAGUUAAAGCUUACAGUUCUGUUGAAAAAGAGCAGCAUCAAAUAGCCCUUAACAUAAUUUCAGAAGCCAACCAUUUCCCUAAAGAAACAUUAGAGUUUUGGCUCAGCCACUUAGAGGAUGAGAGUGUGGUGUUACAGAGACCCAAAUCAGACAAACUGUGGAGUAUUAUAAUUCUGGAUGUCAUAGAGACUUCAGGUUUAAUCCAGCAGGAGGUGAUGGAAAAGGCAGCAAUAUCCAGGUGUUUGCUUCACUCUGGAGGAAAGAUAUUCCCACAAUACGUGGUGAUGUAUGGGAUGCUCGUAGAAUCGCAAUCUUUAGUACUUGAAAGUGCAGUUCAAGGGACUGAACCCACACUUGGGUUUAAUAUAGCACCUUUUAUCAACCAGUUCAAGGUGCCUGUUCGUGUAUUUUUGGAUCUUGCCACAUUACCAUGUGUGCCCUUAAGCAAGCCAGCAGAGCUGCUAAGACUAGAUCUCAUGAAUCCCUAUUUGAACAGCUCCAAUAGAGAAAUAAAGGUGCAAGUUUGUAAGUCUGGCCAAGUCACUGCCAUUCCAUUUUGGUAUCAUAUACAUCUAGAUGAAGAUAUUUAUUUGGAUACGUCAAGUGAUUCCUCCCACUGGAAACAAGCUGCAGUUGUUCUUGACAAACCGAUCCAAGUUCAGCUUGGAGAUGAACUUGUGCUCAACAUUCAGCACUAUAAAAGCAAUGUCAGCAUCACAGUAAAGCAGUGAAGAGUAGUCACUUGGAAACUGAUUGAUAUGUUCAAAUCAAAGAAAAUUAUCUAUGCACAUUAGCAGAAUGGCUCAGCAUUUAAGGUGUUUAAUAGAAGAGCAUAAAAUCUAGGUUUUAUGUUUUGGCCCAAGAGGGUUUUUUUAAAUUGAUUUAAUUUAAAAAAAAAAAAAAAAGAGGACCUACUGAUGAACUACAAGUCAUUCUGCAAGGACAUUUUGAACUGUUAUAGUGAAGUCAUGUCUUCCUCAGCAGCAGGAAGCUUCAUUGUCAACUGAAUUGAUUAUUUCUCCAAUUUUCCUUUGUACAAGCUGCAGAGGAAGCUGUAAUUUUUGUUGCAGAGAUGCUCACAAUUUUUUGUUUUUGUGUAAGGUGCUCAGAUACCUUAGCAGUAAGCACUGUAUAAAUAUCUACAUACAUAGAAUGCAAUAUUGUGACACAAUUAGAUCCUCCCCUCAAUCCCACACCUUGUUUGUGGCAACUAUUUUAAGUUGCAUGAAGCUGUAUUAAGGAGGCAGUUUUAAAAUAAACUCGUGAAUGCCCUACAUGGUUAUGUUCCCUCCUCUUAAACUCUCCCCCCACACAUACCCCCGGUUAUAGAUCUGACUAUGUAUACAUUUAUUUCUCACUGCCUCCAGGCCCCCUGGGUUUUGUCCUCCUGAGUCUGCACUACCCCUACAAUUGCAGCAGCACAAGUUUAUUCACAGUUGAACUUACUCUUAAGAAACACUUGUCAAAGUCAUGAAGCUGUUGUGCAGGGUAGAAGGAUAGUCAUGUGGUUAAGAAACCAAGACUCAAAAAGUUUAGAUGAACCAGGAACUGUACUAUUGUGAACUUUGAGUUACUUAUUCUGCCUCACUUUACCCAUCUGGAAAAUGGGGAUACUAGUUCCCUACCUACCAAGUUCAUCAAGAUUGUUAAAUGUUUGAUAUACUCAGAUUCUGUGGUGGUGGGUGCACUUGUAUGAGGUUAUUUUGCUGCUUAGAAAAGAGUUUUACAAACUCUUAAGUCCUGCACUGGAAUGCACCGCUUGACAAAUGCUUCACUACUGUGUAAGAGGCGCAUGCACUAGCUACAGUUAGAGAAAUGUUAACUUUGUUACAUGGCAAAGAUUAAGAAGUUGAGGUACAAUUGAAGGGAAUUAGAAAAUUUCAAAAACAAAGGCAAAAAAUAGGGUAGGAAAGAAAAAAAAGCUGUCUUCUCAAAUUUGAUGGCAAGAAAGCAAAGACCAAGACAGUUUUUCCACAUUAAGAUUCUAAAACGAAACCUAUUGUCACUAUUUCUUUGUUUCCUACUCUAAACAGACCGUGGACCUUAAAGAAAGGGAAGAGUGCAUUUUUUAUUUAGUAGAAAAAGCUCCAGAUGUAGUUCUUCAAGCUCUGUGCCAUUCCAUACAAAUAGCAGCUUUUGCACAAUAAAACACUGCUUUUAUUAAA